UGGUCAACUGCGGAAGGGAGCUAGAGCAACUUCUAUUGGCCUGCAGCGUGAUUUUAUUGUCGCUUUUGAAUGUGGCAAGAGAGAGACUUUCUUCAAACUCUGGAACGGGAAUGUGCCACAGGAAACGCUGGAACGAGACCAGACCUGUCAGAACCUGGAGUUCAAUCUCAGUGUCUACUUUGCCAUCUACCCAAUUAGGACAGGGGUGAACCCUUCUCACCGUCUCUCCCUUUCUCAUUCUUUCUUUUCAUCUCUCGCCCUCACGGUUCCAUAUUAUCUCGCUCUGAAAUUUACUCUAUCUUGCCAACUUUAGUGUUUUCAUCAUGCUCCAAACUUUCAUAUUCUCCCUCCAUUUUGCAUCGAAACCUCUUCUUCUUUCCACCUGUCUCACACCAACAUUUUGUAUCUUUCCCUCCCUCUCUCCCCUCUCUCUCCUCAAGACGGGAGACAGAACGCGCUCCCUCCAUCAGUUCACUGGCUACCUCUCCACACGUAGCACAGUUCUCUCUAAGAAUCCCGAGCUGUCUGCAUACUAUGCUCUUCCCUACGUCCCUGAUCCCACAUCUCACCCUUCUUUCAAGAAACUCUUCACCGAGUCGUGGAGUUCAGAUCUGAAAUCUCGUCUCCUGCAUUUCCUGAAGCUUUCUCUGAAAGGAGCCUCCCAGCAGCCGGUGCUCCUCUCCCUCUACCUCACCAACAAAGUGUCCCCCACAUCAGAAGGCAGUGCACAAGAGGUUGUGCUGUUGAGAGAACAGUUAGCAGAUAGCCGGAGACACUAUUCUGAACGGCUCGCCGAAAUACAGGACAGCUAUCACACCUUGGUCGGGAUUGCGCUGGAGCUGCUCGAUACACUAGAGUCUGCAAUAGCAGGACGACAGGUCACUCCAGAGAGCAUUCAGAACAUCUGUAGUCGGCUGUUCGGAAGUUCUCUGCCAGAUGCUGUAGCCUCUGGGCGACAUCAGGCCUGGAACUGCCACCUCCAUCCUGCGACAGUCUGUCAUUUCCAUGAGAGACAAGUACACUCAUUUUCUUUCCUCUACCCACUCUCCUUCCUCUCUCCCUUUUCUUCCCGCUCAGUAUACAGGCUCCAGUCAGUCUCCACACCUCGACCCCCAUCCCCUCCCCCCUCCCCCUCCCUCCCCGCCCUCCCCGGACUCACCAGACAACACCCUGACUCCGCCCAUCCUCACCGAGCAGACCUUGUCAAAAGCCACACCCCCUCCUCAUCGACAGCUAGAUUUCCACCGACUAAAAAGCACGCUGCAGUCCAGCAAUGAUAGAAAGAAGGCACUACUGCUGCAGGCUUUAAGAUGGAAACCGGUUGAGCUACACAAGGCGGAGCAGCGAUGGCUCCCGGCCAAAGCGGUGCUCAAAGACCUCAGUGAAGAGGAGAAAGUGACGGCCGAUCUCUACCGCAAGUUUCAGGCCAUCUUGAACAAACUGACGCCGCAGAAGUUCCAAUCGCUGGCCGAGCAGGCGCUACAACUGACUAUUGACACUGAGGAGAGACUCAAGGGGGUCAUUGACAAGAUUUUCACCAAGGUUCCCACUCGGGGGGUGUAGGGGAAGGGGGAGCUAAAAUUUAAGGGCGUGUUUUUUUGAGAUCCAAGUGCUUACAAUUUUUUCAGGCAUAUAUACCUUGUUUAUUUUUUGGAGUCAUACAGAGAAAUUUGUGAAUUUUGUGAUAUAGGUGUUUGAAAUCUUUUGCUGUUUUUUUGGUUUUUUAACCCUCGGCGCGCAUGCACAGCGAGGGUUACAGUAGUCGUUCUGUCUGUCUGUCUGUCUGUCCGUCUGUCCGCGCGAGUUCUAGCACUACAGGCUACGAGGCGGCCAAUGAGUGGCACCAACGGGUUGUGAACGACGAGAAGAUUGAUAUUAACGUGUCGAUUUUCCCGAAACAACUGCGUUCCAGAGAUAUGGCGUGAAAACAAGCGAAGAAGCCAACGCGCGGUCGAUGGCGCACGCGCCCUCUCCUGCAGGCUAGCUAUAGCACGCAUGCGUCAUGUCAAUUAAUCGCCGGAGCAUGCGCUUGGUUGUAUAUACGAUCCACUCAGUUUUGAUCUCUGUUCCCUAUGGAUAAACGAUAAACAUGCUGAGCAAUGUAUGUUCGCAAUGUAGCAUAAUAGUUCGGGUGACGAGCAGUUUGUGGUUGCGGCCUUGCCUUCCCAUAUAUAAAACGUCUGGCGAGAGCAUUGAAACACAGAAGAGCAGAUAGAUUGAAUAAAGCAAAUAUGAGAGCCUCUGAAACACCUGAGCUAUUGCUCUAACCGCUAAUGCAACUAUCUACCCUGUGUUACGGU